GGCCCCGCCCCUUCGCCUGCGUGUCGCUCGGUGCCAAUUGCGUUCACUCUCCGCGAACAUGGCCGCGCCGGCUCGGCCCGCUGUCCGGGAGUGGGUUCGCAUUGCUCUGCUUUGUCUCUGUUGGUACGCAGUAAGCUCCGGAGGAAAUGUCGUCAACAAGGUCAUUUUGAACGGUUUCCCUCACCCGGUUACCGUGUCUCUUUUCCACAUCCUAUCAAUUGUGCUUUUCCUUCCUCCGCUGCUCCGGGCCUGGGGGGUCCCCCACAGCGAACUCUCGGGUCGUUACUAUCGCUGCUACAUUCUGCCGCUGGCCUUCGGCAAAUACUUCGCUUCAGUGUCUGCGCACUUCAGCAUCUGGAAAGUCCCGGUGUCCUACGCGCAUACUGUUAAAGCCACUAUGCCAAUAUGGGUUGUGUUGCUGUCCAGAAUCAUCAUGAAAGAAAAACAGACCAUGAAGGUCUAUUUGUCCCUGGUUCCUAUUAUUGGUGGAGUUCUGCUGGCUACUGUAACAGAGCUCUCCUUCGACAUCCAGGGUCUUAUCAGUGCUCUUGCUGCAACUUUGUGCUUCUCACUGCAAAAUAUCUUCUCUAAAAAGGUGCUGCGAGACACUCGGAUACAUCACUUACGCUUGCUUAAUGUGCUUGGAUUUCAUGCUGUCCUCUUUACACUUCCAACCUGGGUGCUCGUUGACCUGUCUUCUUUCCUGGUGGAUGGUGAUGUGGGUGGCACUUCUAACUGGUACUUUACGCUGAUUCUGCUUGUAAUCAGUGGCUUUUGCAACUUUGCCCAGAAUGUGAUUGCUUUCAGCGUAUUAAACCUGAUCAGUCCUCUUAGCUACUCAGUAGCUAAUGCCACAAAACGUAUAAUGGUCAUCACUGUGUCUCUGCUGAUGUUGAAGAAUCCAGUGACUUCUACUAAUGUGUUGGGCAUGAUGACAGCCAUUCUAGGUGUUUUCCUGUACAAUAAGGCUAAGUAUGAUGCUAACCAGGAAGCAAAGAAGACAUUACUUCCCGUUUCAAAGGAUGACCUGGUAUCAUUUGAGGCCAGUGGUAACAGUUCAGUACUGGACAAACUUCAGGCCAAUGGAACAGUGACUUUCCCUUAUGGCAGGAACAACGUACUGACAGAUCAUUUCCAGUAUGGCAGGCAGUCUGGCAGUGCAGGGUACAUGUCCAGCCAGUAUGACGUGUAAAAUUGCACUAUGCUAGAGCAUCUGACUCUCAUCAAAAUCCUGACCCCAAUUUCUCAGUUAUUUUUUUUGUUAAAUUGCCUUCUUUAAAGGAGAUAGAAGACUUUGAAAGAUAACAAGCUACUUGCCACUUUGGGGAAAUGGGAGACAAAAAAAAUCAAAGUUUUCAACAUCAAGAAAGUUUUGCGUUUUCAUUCAGAAGCAGCGACGCUGAUCAUCCUGUUUGUACAUUUUAGCACCGUGACCAGUCUGGUCAGGUAUAUUGAUAAAUGAUUAUUUAUUAAUGCCUUGCACAAACUCUUUGAGCCAAAACACAAAGGAUCAUUAGACAUUAUUCAUUUUUCUUCUUGGUCAAAUAUUUCACUCGAGCUGCUAGGCUUCAUCGAAAGUGAAAUGAAAAACAUCUAAAUGCUCCUGCAAUAGUUUUAUUUGUGGACUUCCUCUGGGCAUAAGUAAAAUGUAUUUAUGUGUGUGUGUGUGCGUGUGAGCAUACGAGCAGUUUUGUUUAUUGUGGGAAAUAUAGAAUAUCCCACCUGAGCUUUGCUACGAGAUGGCAGUCAGAGUAGUAUUCCAAAAAUCCAAUAACUUUCUUUUCCCAGACUGUUAACAAGAUGGCAAGAUUUAAAGGUACUGGAAAAUGGGCAGUUUUUGGGUUUGAGAGAGUCUGUAUUUGAAGUAGUAGAUCUUGAAAAGAUGGGUGCGAACCUGUCUUAGUCUUAGAUUUACACUCAUUUUGAGUGUUGCAAAUAAGUACUUUUUUAAUCUGUCAUAACAGAAUGUAAUAUGGAAUCUUGGGGGAUGUUGUGGCUGUAAAUGCUGUGAUGCUUGUUUGGUUUCAGUUCAUUAUUGAUUAUUGUGCUUUUUAUUUUUUGUAUUUUUUUUGGCUUUCCCAGAAAAAAAAAGUAAACUGUUGGUUUACUAGUUAUGUAAAGAAAGGACUACAGCUUUACAAACACAUGCACAUUUGCCAAGUGGCUCAGAAAUGUGUUUUUUUUUUCUUUUUUUUUUUAAUAAAACUAAUGUAUCAUGGAAAAUAGAAUUUUAGACUUGAAUUAUUUAUAUUUUUUGUAGGUAGUUUUGGUCAUCUUGGCAAUUCAUAAUUUUAAUGAACAAUAGCACAAAAUUUUGUAAAAUCUGGCAGUUUUUUUAGUUUGAAUUUUAUUAUUACUUUUUUUUUUUUUUUUUUACUUUUUUUGCAAAGGAUGUUUUAUUUUGUUGUUCUCAUAGCAAAAUUGUCAUUUGGUCGAAAAAGUAUCUUGAAACACCGUCUUACCCACAGCCCCCGCCCCACCUCCACCCCCACCCCCGAUGAUUGUUUUUUAUUUUCCAUAAAACAGGAACUCCUAUCAUUUAUGUGUUAAGAGUUUUGAUGUCUGCAUGACACAUUUAUUUGUUUAGGUUAAAUUAGAUGGAUUGUCCUCAUUGGUGAAGAAAUUCUGAACAAAUACCAGAACCAUUGUGGCUUUUAUGGCCUUCAUGGUGUUCUGUAAGUUAGCUUUUUUAAUCGAGCAAGAAUUUUAAACUUUAGUUCAGUGCUGCCAAUGAAAGAUGGCAUUAUUCUUUCAUGUAGGAAAUUAUUGAAUGUGUAUUUCUUGGUAACAAAAUAAAUCCUGCUGUAAUUAUUUCAUUUUAUAAAUCAGUUAAAAUCUAUAUUACAAUUUAUAAGACAAAAGCACGCGUUUUAAGGUGACACAUCUGUCUUUUAGAUAAUUUCCUUCAUUGGCAUUUGUUUAGGUUGUGGACCUUCAUUUAUCCUUGGGUGUCUUUAUCUUCUUCUGGACCUUAUUGUUUGUGAUUUAUUAAGUUUGAUGCUGCUUUAUUCUUCAUUUUUAAUUUAUUACUUUUUUUUUUGAGUAAAAUGUCAAUCAGUUGUUAGUAAUUGGAAAUCUCUGACUUAAAAAUAAAGGGGUGUAACAGUAUUUUUUUUGUAGAAAGGUUUUGUAAUUUACAGAAAUGGUUUGGUGAAAAUACUGUAUUUUUUCUUUUUUCCACAUGAUUUAUCCGUUUUCAAAAUAUUAAACAUUGGAGUAUUAGUCAACAAGAAUCUGCAAUGUAUGUGUUAUAAUUUUGAACAGAGUAAAUAUUCAGCAGUUUAAAAAAUCCAGGUUCUAAAGAAGGGGGGAGAGCUGGAUGGCAGGUUUCAUAAUUAAUUCUUGUACUUUUUUUGGUUCUUUAUGUGUGAUCAUUGUCUGGGUACAUUUUGCUAUUAAUAUUUUUUUGAUUGUUGAUGGCAUUGUUUCUUUUACACCAUUUAAUUAACUAUUCUCUUACAUCAUGAGAAUUUGUAUCGAAAAUUGUUAAUGCAAUAUGUGUAUGUAUAAUAUACGUGUGUAUAUAUGUAUGUACACUGUAAAUAUCUUAACAAAUGUUCAUAUUGGAAUGACCCUACUGUUUAAAGAAAUGUAAUGUCUUGAGCACUUAGUACAAACGAGUCAAAAAAAUAUCUAUAUCCAAAAAAAUAAAACCACCCUGUCGAUGUCUGCUGUUUAGGGGACGCAGCACCCUAAAUCGUGCCUAAACAUUACACAGAUUAAAUUGAGGGAUGAAGGCAAAAUUUUACCUUGUAAUUCUAUGUCUUUGGUCCUGAAGGCAUUUGUUAGUUGAUUUUGGUUUCUGUAAAGUUACCCAUUCUCAGAGAGAUUCUUUAAAACCAGGUUUAGAUGCCUGCUGUCCGCUACCAUCGGACAUAAUGUAGAGUUUCAGAUAUGCUUGUAAGGGACUUGUGAUGGUCUGGCAUCCUUAUUCAGUUUUGUCUUGUGCCUGAUGUUGCCAGGACAGGUGCUGACCCUCAUGAUGCCAAACUGGAUCAAGCAGGUCCAGCAAAUAAAUGGACAGAUUUAAAAAAUGUAAUCCCUCCACUGACAUCUUUAUUUCCUUUCUGUGUUAUCAGAAAGGUGGAGAUAGUUAAAAGGUGUUGUUUGCAUGAAGAAAUUGACACCAUCAUAUUUCCAAUAUUGCAUGGUGAGAGUUAAUUUAGAAUAUGUGAGGUUAAAGUUUGAAAAGAACAAAAUGGUUGAUUAAGUGAAAACUGAACUGAAAAAUCUGCUGGCACUCAGGCUCUGCGGGGCUGUCUAAACUUGAGCAUCUUGCUUGGGUUUAAAUUGAAAUAUGAAAAGUUUCAAGAGUCAUUCAUUUCUACAGAAAUGAGAACCUUGAUAGCUUUAAAUUAACUUAAUUUGUAGCUGUAUGAAUAAUAGAAACAAAUUGUUAAUCAAAUGGGCAUGUGUCUCUGUAUAUUAUAAAUGAACCCUUCUUGAAAAUGAUUCAUUAAACAUACAUUGAUAUUAA